AUACUAAAUAUUUUCCUUUCACUCUCUGCUCUUCUUCCUCUAAUGAGUUGCAUUGUCCUUCUGCUAGAGUAUCUAGCUCACCAAAAUCUAUGACUUCAUAUUAUCUACUCACUUCUCACUUUACUAAAUUUGCCACAAAAACAUGUUCAUCUCUUGAAAAAGACCAAAUUUUUCUUUUCUUUUCUUCUGUUCAAUGUAAUGGGCUGCUCUGAAACUUGUUGAAGAACACAGCUUUUAACCAAAACAUACCAAAAAAAAGAAGAAAUAAGAACAUCUAAAAAGCUUGCCCCACUUCUUUUUUUCUUCUCUAAUCCUAAAAGAACACACAUUUUUUCAUAAACUUUACACUACACUGUCCCCAUUUCACUGAAAAAGAAAACCAUCCACGCCUGUAGAAGCCAAAGAAAAAACACAGUUUGUUUUAACAAUGGGGUGUGUGGCCUCCAAGCUGGAGGAGGAAGAAGAAGUGGUGACCAUCUGCAGAGAACGAAAGCGCCAGCUUAAGCUAGCUGUUGAGAGAAGAUAUGCACUAGCUGAAUCCCACUGUAGAUACUGUCAGUCUCUAUAUGCGGUUGCUGCUGCUAUAAAGUUGUUUAUAGCUCGCCAUGCUUCACCAUCUUCACCGUUUCUCAUCACUUUUCCUCCGCCGUGUCCGCCGUCGGAGGCGUCUGGUCAGCAGAAUAUGAUAGAAAACCCCAUGUUUCUGCAGCAAGGGGGAAGUGAGAGUCAUGAACAGUCCACUAGCCAAUGCCAUGAAGCUAUUACUAACUGUGAGUCUUGUGGGACUUCUGUAACUUCAACGGAUUCUAGUGAGGAAGGGACUAAAGAAGAGGGAUUAGAGGAGGGAGAUGAGCGAGGGUUUGGUUAUUUUUACAUGCAAAUGCAGCAGCAGACUGUGACAACCACUCAGUUGCCACAGGCUGAGCAUUUCGGGUGGGAUUUCUUUAACCCUUUUGAUACGGUUAGACCGGAGAUUAUGAGUGGUUUUAGAAGCUGUGAUGAUGAUUUGAAGGUGGUAAGAGAAGAAGAAGGGAUUCCAGACUUGGAGGAAGAGGAGGAAGAAGAGGAAAAUAUGGAAGAACAGCGAAGAGGAACCGAAGAAGAAGAGAAAAAAAGAGCAGUUAAUGAAGAGAAAGGGGAUCUGGUGGUUCAAGAAAAUGUGAAUAAUUUUGAUAAUAAUGAGAGUAAUGGAAGUGAAGGGGAGCAAAAAGGACUUACUGUGAUGGAUGGAGCAGAGAAAGGUAGAGAAUUAUUAGAUGCAUUGAAGGAUAUUGAGGAUCAUUUUAUAAGGGCUUAUGAUUCUGGUAAGGAUGUUUCAACAAUGUUGGAGGCUAAUAGAGUUUAUUUCCAAUCUGGCUUGGAGGAGAUCAAAGAGAAUUCGACAAAAUUUAUUCAAGCUAUUACGUGGCAUCGGUCAAUUUCAUCUAAUAAGCCUUCAUCAUGUAAGAGUCUUGUAGCAUCCAGUUCUAAGAGUUCAACGAAUUGGACAGAGUAUAAGAAUGAUCUGUUUGAUGAUUAUGGUGGAAUGAUGAAUUCAGGAAGCCAUUCGCUGACACUUGGGCGGUUGUAUGCUUGGGAAAAGAAGCUUUAUGAAGAAGUUAAGGCUGGAGAUAGCACAAGGAAAAUUUAUGAAAGAAAAUGUGGGCAGUUGAGAAAUCAACAUGUUGGAGGAGAUGAACUUGCUAUGGACAAGACCAGAGCUGCAGUUAAAGACUUAUAUGCGAGAAUCCUGGUUGCAAUUCGAAGUGCAGAGUCGAUAUCAAAGAGAAUUGAGAAGCUUAGAGAUGAAGAACUUCAGCCUCAAAUCGUGGAACUCUUGAAAGGCCUAACUCGCACCUGGAAGGUUAUGUUUGAAUCUCAUGAAACCCAAAACAAGAUUCUUUGUGAAGUAAAAUCUUUUGCUUGUCCUACAAGUGGAAAAUUCUGCAAUGACUCUCAUCGCCUCGCCACACUUCAGCUUGAGGCCGAGAUUCACAAUUGGCGUGCAUGCUUUACGGAAUAUGUUGCAGCUCAAAAAGCAUAUGUCGAGGCUCUACAUGGUUGGCUAACCAAGUUCUUAGUCCCUGAAGUUGAAUUAUACUCCAGGGGCAGGAGAUCUCCAGCACCAUACCGAGCUAAUGGUCCACCAUUACUCGUGAUCUGCCAUAGUUGGUUAUCUUCAAUGGAGAAGUUACCGGAUAAGACUGUAACUUUCGCACUGAAAAGCUUUUCAAAAGAUGUAAAGGCCUUGUGGUCUCAACAAGGAGAGGAGCAGCAACAGAAGAGGAAAGUCGACAGUCUCGCAAAAGAACUCGACAGAAGGACUCUAGCAGUUCAGAAGGCGGAGACAAGGUUAUUGGAGUCCAAAUUUAUCGAAUAUAAACCCGAUCAAAACGCAGAACAUCAUGACGACCAUUGGACUGAGAAGAAAGACCAGUUAGAUAUAUUCAGGAAAAAGUUGGAUAUAGAAAGGUCGAAACACCACAACGCUAUGCAAGAAACACAUAGGAUAACAUUAAGCGGUUUCCAGACAGGAUUUACGACAGUUUUUGAGUCGUUAGCAGAGUUCUCUAAAGCUUCUAUGAAAAUGUACAAUGACCUUGUCAACUGCAGCGCGAUCAUUGGACAACCCGAUAAUAAGUCAUACAUAGAGGGCAGUGAAGUUGAAGAAAAUGGGAGCAGGUGACAAAAAGCAUUGGAGUUGAUAGAUAUGUUGUAUAUUAAUUCAUGUCGAAGCAGCUCGCUGAGACGAAUUGAUUUCUAAAUUUAUUUGAUUGAUUGUGUAUGGAUGUAAUGCUCACAAUUUUGUUGGGAAGUGUUGUAAAUUACCUGAUCUAAUGCAUUUCUUGGUGAAAUGAACAAGAAAUGUAUAGAUGGGAAUUUGAAGUGAGCAUUUCAUUCAUCCCUUGUAAUUACUUGUAAUCUGGUGUUGAAUGGGGGAGUUUGGUUUAUUUGUCUA